AUGAAGUGCCCGUUCUGUUUCAUUGUCUUCGUCGCCUUCGUCACAGCCAAAGAUAUCCGAGGCGUGACACCAUCUGAACUUCACAACGAGGAUCCAUACGCUACGUCACUUUUGUACUCGGUCCCCGCUCCAUCCCCGGGCUACCCUGAGCCGUCCUCCUAUGUUAUUGCUUCCAGUGCAAUGCUCAGCGACGUCAGCUCUGAUGAUGGGUGCUCAACGGCCCUCAUCACUAUCACGACUACUCGUACCGUCUCCGUCGUCACACAGAUUCCUUCCAGCCUUCUCACUAUUACUGGCAUUGUCGAACUAAGCUCUUUCAUGCCGUCUCAGCCGCUGGCUCUGACAACCGCAACUGGCGUCAUCGAAACCAGCAGCUGGAUCGUUCCUCAGCUACCGAGCACGGCCGUCACGGUCGUCGUUCCGGGUAGCAGUACCGCCGAUGAAGAGAGUAGUGUUGUGCUCUCGCAAAUCCCCUAUCCUACUGCUAGUGAUAAGCCACUCAGCACUACUAGCGUAGGAACAACCUCUUCUAAGUCUCCAGGUCUACCGGUUUUUACUGAUGCUGCUGAUGCGAUCAGGGUACCAGUCGUUGUUGCUGGUAUUAUCGGGUGGGUUGCUUUGGUGUUGUAG